GCAAAUUGGCCAUGAUGGUGCAUGGCCCAAAAUAGCCCAGGGCCGCGGCUGAGAGGCUUUGACCAGCGCUCGGAGGAAUAACAGAUGCACACUUUCUGCUGUUUUAGCCACUAUAUUUACGGUGAAAUGUGACAAACACGAGACCACUUCACAAAAUGAGCAACACGCCCAUCCAGGACCCAGCUGCCGAGGAGCUGUCCUCUGGCAGCGAUCAGACGUUUCCCUGCCCACCCUUACAGCCCACCUCUGAUCCCUCAGCGUCCAAACGAUUAUGCUUCUACAAAAGUGGUGACUAUAAAUUCAGCGGGCAUCGCAUGGUCAUCAAUGCCCGCACCUUCAAGACGUUCGAUGCCCUGCUGGACGCUCUGUCCAAGAAAGUGCCUCUGCCAUUUGGAGUGAGGACCAUCACCACACCGCGCGGGAUCCACCUUGUGAAGGGUCUGGAUGAAUUUCACGAUGGGGGAUCUUAUGUGUGUUCUGAUCAGAAACGGGUGAAGCCACUAAACCUGGCUGAGGUGAACCGGCGGCAGGUACCGUGGAAUACCACCAGACCCCUCAGCACUGGGCGGCGGAGGCGUCUCCAGUUCGGUCAGUUUGGCAGGAGGAAGGAGCUCGCCAACAGGCCGGCAAAGGUCACCGACAGGGUGACAUUGCGGACACCGAAAAGACUUGGGGUCAUCAAGAACAAGGAUCCCACAGUUAAAUGCACUAUCAUGUUGCAGAGAAGAACGGCACCGACGUUUGAUGCUUUGCUGGAUUACCUUUCUCAGAUCCUGAAGUUCCCGGUGUUGAAACUGUUCUCCACCGACGGCAGAAGAGUUGACGGUCUUGCUGCACUUAUCCUGUGCUCCGGAGUUGUUGUGGCUGCGGGAAAUGAGCCAUUCAGAUUAGGAAACUACAGUUUUAACAGAACGGGCCAGACGGCACAGGCCUUGUACAUGGAAAAUCUGGAUCCUUCUAUGCUGCAGCCCAGCACUCACAACAACAAAUCCUUCUCAAGUGGAAGAGGCUCGAGGAACUUCUCCCUAUCGUCGGAGCGAUACGUUAUCAACCAGAUAAACAGGUCUCGAGAUGGAAGCAUGAACAGCCGCCUGCAUCACCACAACGAAUCGUUUGACACCGAGGUCAACCAGAGGGGGAGGGGAGAGAAUGAGCAUCAUCCUUGCAUCUUACCUCAAGACGACGACAUUGAAAAGUCUUUCCGUGUGAAUCAAGACGGCAGCAUGACUGUAGAAAUGAAAGUGCGUCUGACCAUUAAAGAGGAGGAGAUGCUCCACUGGACCACCACGCUCAGCCGCCACUGCCUUAGCAAGAGGACAGUUUGUGCCUCCAUGUCCGAGUCGGCCAACAGCUCACCUGACUCAAACAACGGCGUUGCCAAAGACUCCUCUAGCAUCAGCGAAGGUGACAGCAAAGAAGAAAACCAUGCCAAUGGAGCUGGAAAGGGUGUCUGCUUCAACGACAAGCAAGUGUACAAGAAUUACAAUUCAAAAGCUUUGGGAAGAGCCAAAACGAUCAAACGCACUCCUACGCCAGGUCCUCGGCAUGUUAAGAAGACGGCGUCUGUUGAGAGCGUGAAGAUGGUGACAGAGUCGGGGAUUCAAGAGAGCAGACUGGGACAUUAUUCCUACAUGGAGAAGACGGCUGAUGGUGAGACAACUGAGGGAUACUGCGUUGUAAGACACAGCAGCAGCAGCAGCAGCCGGCCAAUCCCAAAACCUCGGAAAACGGCCUCUGCUGGAAAAGGCAACAAAGGCUCCCACUCCUCCAUCAGGUCGUCAGGAGUUGCUGAGGUCCUUCAGAUACAGAAUAACGGGAUGGAGGUUACAGAAACUGUCAUGCAUAUCUACGAGAGUCAAGGCUGCUAUGACAACUAUUUUGCAAACGAGGAAUAUAGCGCAGAUGGCGCGCCUUUGCAUGGUUCCACCUCAGGGCCAAAUAGCAAGCCGUCCACAGGGCCGUCGGGGCCACGUUCAUCCAGCAACGACUGUGAUAUAGAUUUUAGCAGGCAGCCACCCACUGCUGACUCACUACGACUGAGAGAGGAGAUGUUAUCGUUGUCAUCAGAACCAAUAUCUCCAACUCAUGAGAUUACAAACAAUCUGCCUACAGUGACUGAGGACGAUGCUCAAACAGCAACAGACUCCCGGAUUGAGGAUACAGUCAAAAGGGACAAAACUCCUAAAAGCGAGAAGAAUAAAAAGAGGACUAAACCUGCUGUGAAUCACAAGAGUUCAACUUCAAAAAGUAGCAAAAAUUCAACUGACAAGCUAAGCAGCAAUACCAGUGUGGGGAAAAAGAGUUUGGGUUCAUCAGAAAGUGCUAAAAGUGGCCAUAAAAGUAAAGAAGCGGAAAAUAAAGAAGAAAAGCUUCAGUCUAAGAAAACAAUCAAAGUCGAAAAGAAGCCCAGGAAAAGCUCAGCCUUAUUAGACAAAACGGAAAAUGUAAAAAUAACCCCACCUAAGAGGCAAAGCAUGAAUAAAGUAGCUGCUAGAGAUAAUGGCCACAAUGUAAAUACUCCAAGUGGGAGGCCUCAAAUGAAAAAGAACAUCUCAGACAUAUUACAACCUAAAAAAGCACUUCUGCAGAGCAAGAAAACAAUGAGUAAACCCAAAUCCAUGCCAGAGAACAGAAUGUCAUCACCUAAAAAAUCUUUGGAGACAAGCGAGAGUGUUUCAAUGCCUUCCCUGAACCCUACGCCCUCUGAAAUCCACCAAUAUGUCGAGAACUGGUUGGAGACAGUCGGCCAAGAACAGGCGCCGUACACCGAGGCAAUUCCAGAAGAUUCCGAGCCUCCGUCAACGGUGGUGUUUCAGAUAGGCGGUGGGUCGGAAUCAGAUGAAAAGGAGGGACAACAGAAUAAUUCAGCUGAAUAUUACCCACUGUCUGGUGAUAAUAUCAAGAAAUCUGCUUCUUGUCUAAUGGUUCCUCUUUACAAAGGAGAGCCAGAAGCAUCUUUGUUGCACAGUGUUUCUAUGCCAAGUGUCAGAGCGGAUCCUGCGCACCAGGACAACCAACUGAGGGCACAUAAAUCUGCAGAGGCCAUUGGCCCCACUGGCUGUGAGUCAACUUCAACCACGUCCAACAUUUUAACUCCUAAAGAGAAGAUAACACCUGUCCUGCGUCAACUUUGUUCCUCCAUUCAAAACAUCAGAAGGGCAUCAGACACCAACACGACAUAUAACCUUGAGAAGUCCAACAGCCUCCCGGAUUUCUCAACACAAGUAGCGUCAGUGUUUGGCUCGUCGUGCAAAGCAUUUCUGUCCUUCUUGUCGGUCAUGACUCUGAGAGAUGACCUGACAGGCUCUGCUCCCAGCGUAUGUGACCAAUCGAGAAGCACCUCAGAGGCCAUGCUAAUGAUGCAGUCCCUUAUGAAAAUCUCUGCCAUUGAUGACAAAGAAGAGCUGAGGGCAAGUCUGACAAACCUGCAGAGCAGCACAUCUUCUCAGUUUAGAGAACGAUGGAAGGAUUUCCAGAUUUUGAGGGAAAGGCUUGAAAGUGAGCCACUUUCUCCCAAAGUUUCAGAAACAGAGUUUGCCCUGGACCUUGACUCGGAAGGUGGGGAUAUAUUUGAGGAUCAACAUCUGACUCUAGAUGAGCUGAUGGAGGAGCUGAAUAUGCCUCAAGACCUCAGAUCAGAAAUUUCCUCAACAAUUCACCAAACUAGAAGUUUUUACCCUGCGGAGGAGAGCACUAUGGUAGAAACUGAAAGAAACCAGUCGGACUCAGAGGAAGAUUUGGAGAAGUUUGUUGAUGAAUCCAAUGAUGAAGCAAAGUCAACAGAUCCCGAUGAUACCUGCGUAGAGGAAAACUUUGCAGAAAGAAAAAUGGAUAAUGAUGAUGGAGAUAGAAAGUCAGAUCAAGAAGCUGAUGAAGUUCAGGAAAUGGGCAAUGAUUCAGAAGUUUCACAGACAGAACAAGAUGAGGCACUGAACGAUGAAGAAGAUGAAGACCAGGUAGAGGAGGAUAGGGAGGACAAGAAGGCAGGAGAGGAUGGAGAAACGAAUGAGACAAAUGAUGAUGGUAAAGAGGAGGCAGCAAUGGAAGAUGUUGAAGGGCAGAAAGCAGAGAAAGGAAGUGUUGAGGAAUCAGUUGAGAAAGAAAAGGAAGGAACAGAGGAAGAGAUGACAGCAGAUGAGGAAGAGGAAGGGGAGAAAUCAGAAGAAGGAGGGGAAGAAGUGGUUGAGGAGACAGUGGAAGGACUGUUGGACGAAGACGAUCCAGAGGAAAGAGAGUACAACAGUGUGGAAGAGACAGAAGAGAGAGAAGGACUUGAUGAGACGGAGGAGGAAGAGAGAGGAGGGACGGAUGGGGUUGAAGAAGAAGCAGAUGAGGAAGAAAGUUGGGAUGAGGGAAAGCAAGUGGAGGCUGAAGAAGAAGAAGAUGACCUUAAGGAGACAGAUGGAAAUAUUGUUGAAGAGCAGGAGGAAGAAGAGAAGGAGGAGAUCGAAGGACAAACAGUUACAGAGUACGAUGUAGAAGAAGAGUUGGAGAAGGUUAUUGAGGAGACAGAAGAGGAAGAGGAGGUAGAAAACAUAUUUGACAUAGAAGAAGAGGUGGAUGUGGUUAGUGAGGAUUCAGACGAAGAAGCAGAUAAAGUUAAAGAGAUGAAAGAUGAGGAAGAGGAGGUAGAUAAUGUAACUGAAGUGGUAGACGAGGAAGAGGAGGAAGAGGAGGUAGAUAAUGUAACUGAACAGGUAGACGAGGAAGAGGAGGAAGAAGUGGAGGUGGUUUGCAGGGAAAGCAAUGAAGAGGAAGAGGAGGAUGAUGAUGCUGAGGUUGAGAGGACAGAAGAAGAAAGGGUGAUCACAGAUGAGUCAGUUGAAGAAAAUGAGGUACAGGAGUUUGAGACUGAGGAGGAGAGGGAAGAUGACAAAGAAAAUGAGGGAUCAGACCAGGUGGAAAAACAAGAAUCAAAAGAAGAGGUGGAAGAAGAAGAUGUUUCUGAGGACACGGACAAUUUUGAAGAUGAUAACGGUUGUAAAACCCUGCUGGAAGAGGCCUCCUAUUUGCAGCAGAGCAGUCACGAGGAAGCAAAUGCAGAGUGUAACAGUGAAUCACCGACCAAAUAUUCCUCUGAGGGGCAGUGUGAGUACGCUAAAGGCAGCGGAACAGACAACGAGCUUGAAACAGACGAGGGAGGGGAGCGUCAUGAGGAGAACAGCAUCGGCAUGAUCCAUCCUGUGGAAAUAUCACAGGAGUUACUAGACUUUGUUAACUCGGCCCUGCAGUCGUCUUCGCUCACUUUCUCGUACGACGCUCGGGGGAACAUCAGGAUAGAGCCGGAUUACGCUCGAGUUGUACAAACUAUGCCAACUCUUUUUCCAAAUAGAAGAAAGGACAGUUCUUACGGCUUAAAACGUCUCCCGAGCCCAAACACGUCUGAUUUAUCCGAUUACAGACCAGAUACCUCAGAGAGCGGUGGGUAUAAGACUCAGGAGUCUGUAGAUAUUGUUACAGAGAGUGGAGAGGAGGCCUCAGAAAGAUCCUCUCCAGCCUUAACACCUGAGAACGAUUUAUUGUCUCUUGCAAGUAAUGCAGAAGUCUUACAAAGUUCCAGGAUAAAAAGUGAAGAGAGUUUCUCUUCCAGUGAUUCGGGCACCAAAGCCUCAAAAGAGGAUCUGUCUUAUUUUAGUGCAGCAAGCUCAUUAAAGGCAGAUGCCGAAGCUGCGCCAGAGGCCGCACAGCCCGUCUCCUUCAGCUCAGAGAAGGACACCGGCGAUGGGGUUUUGAUUGAUCAAGGGAGGUGGCUGCUCAAGGAGAACCACCUCAUAAGAAAAUCCCCCCCGGUCGCCCUGGGAAUGUACGGUAACAUGGACAGCUCCUCCACCGACACGGGUCAGGAGAACGCCGGUGAGGAUUCUCCGCUUCACCAUAAGACCCAGCCCAACCCCCUCGUAGACAUAUCCUCUUCCGAGCUCGAGGAUAUGGCGAAGCCUCCAACUCCGAAGUGCACCUACUACAACAUGCCACACGGGAGUGACUCGGAUCCCUUUCUGGACAAUUCCAGUGUGCACAGUGUGAAAAGGGACACAAGCAGUGGGAUGGGAAGAAGCUUCAGGGUGUCGCCAAGUAUCGAUACUUCCAAAACCCGGCCAAAUAAAAUCGGCAGUCUGUCUUCAUUUACAUCAGUUGAGUUCAGAUUGCCAGAUGGGAAAAUUCAUCCCGAGGGGGAGGCCCCGGCUGUGACUCAGCCAAGAAGGACAUCUAGUGGGGGAGGCAGUGCACUGCAAGCACAGAACUCCCCGGAGACACUGCUUGUGAGAUGUGGACAAUACUGCCCCAUACUAUGAAAGAAAGUCUAAUGUGUAGCUAUGUUGGACAAUGAUUAUUUCGUUGUGAUACAGCUAGAAUUUUUUCUAAGGCCAUCAAAUCAUUUAAGCACAAACCUUCUUUGCAAACCAGCCAGACCUACAGACCCGUGCCAUUUACUUCAGUUUCAGUGCAGACAAACAUCGUUUACAGACUUUUUUUGUGUGUUUUAAUGGUGAUGGUGAUGAAAUCCAAAUUCAUAAAUACAGUAUAACAAUAUCAGCAAGUACAAACAACAUAUUUUUUUACUGUUUCACUGCAAACUGUACAUAACAAUCUAUCAUAAAGUACAACUCAUCUAUUUUUCUACUGAAUAUAAAGCAAUACAUAGAAGAAAUAAAGUAUAUGUGAAAGAAA